CGCUGGCUGCACCCUUCUGCUGUUCAGCAGCCAGACGGAAGAAGAAGAUGAGAGAAACCCCUUUAGAAAGCAGAGUACCCGUUUUCCCUUGUGACGGCCAUCGCAGCUGAUUUCUCUUGCUUUUCACGGCUGCUAUUUUCUCGUCCUUGGGGCUCUCCGGAUCCUGGGACGGCCUGACCGCGGAGACACCCUCCUCGGGGUGAAGCAGGAAGCAAAGUGGAAGCGAACGCCCCUGAUCGUGCCGCCGAGCGCCAGAGGCUGAGCCACAGGCUGAGCAGGGUCGAGGUUGGCAGGCUUCUCCUUGGCGCGGCAGGAGAGUGGACGAUGAUGGCAGGGCCAGGUCCCCAGCCCACGGGCAGCGCCGUCAGGGCCCUCGGCCUGGAGUACCGCAGCCUCCAGGAGGAGCCCGUCGAGGGCUUCCGCGUCAAGCUCGUCAACGAGGACAACCUGUUCGAGUGGGAGGUGGCCAUCUUCGGGCCUCCAGACACCCUUUACCAGGGGGGCUACUUCAAGGCUCACAUGAAGUUCCCAGCUGAUUACCCGUACUCACCUCCAAGUAUACGCUUUCUUACUAAAGUUUGGCACCCUAAUGUCUAUGAGAAUGGAGAUCUUUGUAUCUCUAUUCUUCAUCCACCUGUAGAUGACCCUCAAAGUGGUGAGCUGCCUUGUGAAAGAUGGAAUCCUACUCAAAACGUGAGGACGAUUCUCUUAUCAGUUAUCUCGCUACUGAAUGAACCCAACACGUCUAGCCCUGCUAAUGUGGAUGCCUCCGUGAUGUAUCGCAGGUUUAAGGACUCAAAAGGGAGAGAUAAAGAAUAUGAAAAUAUUAUCAGAAAACAAGUGUCAGCCGCAAGACUUGAAGCAGAAAAAGAUGGUGUUGUGGUUCCUCUUACAUUAGAAGACUACUGCCGCAAACCAAAAGCCAAGGCUGCUGAACCACCAGUAGAUAUGACUGACUUUUAUGUUGAUGAUUACGAUAUUGGUGAUGACGACGAUGAUUUGGACAUGGGUGACAGUGAUGCUGGAGAUGAUGGGGAUGACAGUGGCAAUGGCGAGUCAUGAACUGAAGAAACACUUGCUCAAGGCAUUGGCUCUCCUUUACAUCUGCUGUGGAUGAAGAAAGAAUUCUCUAUGAUUUCAAUUGUUGCUGAUAUGUUAGCAGCAUUUACUCAAGUGCUUACUCUCUUUAGUUGGUUUGUGUAAAGUUUAUUUAUGGGUUGUGAUGCUGUGAUGCUUAACAUUGUAGACAUUUACUUAAUGAUUGUCAUGUAAUUUAUUGUGGAAUUGAGUUGCAACAUAGAAUUGUACUAUGUAACCUUACUUAUUAAUUUUAUGCUGAAUGGUAUUAAUUCCUAUUGCUUCAUUAAUAGUGUGGAACAGUAUGUGAAUCGGAUAUGAAGAUGCUCUGGGACAUCCUAAAUUAUUAAAUUGUUUAAGUUAAGUUCAAAAUUUGUGAUGGGAAAAUCACAACUGUCACAUUGCUUAAUUCAUUUGUAGGUAUUUAAUUUUUUGUAUUAAUGUUUUGUUUGUGACAUUGUAACCCUAAGCUGAAUCAUUGAAUUUCUGUUUAAAAUGGGAUUUUUUGGAUGCUAUCUGUUAUUUUCUUGAAAAAAUGUAGUUUUUUAAUAUUUAUUUGUUAUCAAAUGACAACCAACCUGUACUGGAAAUGAUUCUUUAAUUUUAUUCUUAUUGCCUUCUUGUCCCGGUUAGAUUUUGUGGAACAUUGUUAUUCAUUGAAACGGAAUUCUUUAUGUGUGUACUGUAUCAUAUUCUUUUACCUUCUAAUAAUGUAAUCUUAUUUGUUGAGCAUGAUUGUUAUUUUUCCUUGUAUUGUCUUACUUACUCCGUUACCAGGAUCUUUCAUUGAAUAGAUUUGUCUAUCUGGCUGUCAUCUUUAUCUUUGCUAUACCUUUUCAUUUUUAAUUAUUUUUUACUGAUGGAUUCUUCUUGCACAAGUAGGUCACAUCAAAAUUUUUUCAGUGCUUUGAUGAAAAGAUAUAGAAAGUUAGUUCUCUUCCACUGUCUUUCGUAAACCUUGUGCUUGUUGUAUUUGGCCUAUUGUAGCAGGAUUCACUUAAGGGUGGCUUUUCUGGUAUUGUAACAACAAAACCUGAUGCCCUGCUUAGAUAAGAACAGCAUUGCAUCUUUUCAUACUGUAAUAAUUUCUAUGCGUAAGAUUUGAUCUCAGUGCUGGUGAAAUAGAAGGUAAUUCUUGUAGAUUUAGAAAAAUCGUGUGCUGAUUCUGUCCUAAAAUUUAUUCUUUUUACUUGCCAUCCAUCUAUAUUAAAUUUUACAUUGGACUUCUGGAAGUUCUAUGAAUUCAAAAUUCCAAGCAAAGAUCUUGUCUGCAAACUCAUCUGCUACAUUUUUAAAAAUAUUGGCGUGUGUUGGAAGUCUUCAGAUAAGUGAUAUUGGUAUUGUGUGGCAUGAUAGACAAGUUUUUAUUUUUAUUUUAUUUUGAACUGAGAGCCAAGUUAAAAGAAUUUGUGAUUGUAUUGCUUUAGUAUGAAUGGUUUGAUCAUGACUAUUGAAUUGGGUUGUCUUAUACAGGUUUGACAGUGUGCUGGUACAGUUAUAGUUUUACUAUAUUGGGUUUGUGGCGUUGAUAAACAUGUGUCCUUGGCCAAUUGUGUCAGUUUUUCUUCUCACAUUAGAAGUAUGGAUUGACAUGAUUUUAUCAAUAGUUAAUAUCUUUAGGAAUCCUAUGUUUUACUAGCACGCUUUCCCUAAUUAAUUACGCUUAAUAAUCACCACCAUUCUACUUUGAUAAUGUGUCUUUUGAAUGAUAAAAAUUCUUUUUGGUGUUCGGGCGAGGUUAAAUUGGGUACCAGUAGAUUGAUGAUAAUGUUAUAGGAUAAGACAUUCAUGGUUAAAUAGGGACAUUCCUUCCAUUUGUUUAUCAACGCCUUGUGUACAAGUAAGUUGGACGUAAGAUUGUUGUGUCUAAUGAUAAUGAUUGAAAGGAGGACAGAGGACCAGCUCACCACUGCCAGAUAAAGUGAAUGUUGGUGUUUGAAACUACCUAUUAAGUCACUCAAAGUGUACAGAUGAUUGUAUAGAUAUUUUUUUCAUGAUACAUUUUUUUUUCUUUGACAGAACAGAAGAUUGGCUGUAGUUGGUUUAUAUAUGAGGCUACAUUGUUCUUUUUUAAAAAUGUCAUUUAAAUGUUGGAUAAUGUAAGAUUGAUUUUCUGUGCUUUUACCAUUGUACAAUUAUUCAGUGUGUUAAAUAAGUCAAUUUUUCUUUUUUACUUUUUCUUAUUGCUUGUAGUUGUUACAAUAUGUGCAUUGUAAAUAAUAAAAUAAGAAUGUAUAUGCUCUCUUAAUGCUUGUUUCACACAGACUUGCUUACAGGACUUUGAUUUUUCUGACUUUACUGUGUACUAGCUCUCACGAUUCGUAUUUCAACAAAAUCCAUCCAAUUGUUCAGCAUGCUGAACAUAAACUAUGUUCAAGUACCUAUAUCCCAGUUUGAUACUAGAAAGUUUUCUGAUUAGAAUUAAAGAUCAGUGGAAGUUGUUAAAAUGUUUUCCCUUUUACUCACUGAUGCCAGCCCCUAUGUUAAUUUUCAUUUUGGUUUGUGUUUUGAAAUUUUAUUUGUGUUCUAUUAGCUAUACAAUUUGUUAUUAAAUGGUGAAGUGGCCCCUUAAAUAUUUUCAGAUCUUCUUUGUGACAUGCAUAUCUCAGCACAGUCGUUUACCUAUCAGAAAAAUCAGACGAGUCAUGGGAGUAAUACAAUUGUAGCUGUGUUCCAUAUUUCCUUAAUCAAUUUGAAACAGAAGGUGCCACUGAGUAUAGGUGUUCCCAUCCACUCCAUUAUCUAGUGUUGUAUUUGGACUUUACCAUAUACCAUGCUACAGCAUAUAAGUCAGUGUUAUGCAAGGUGUUAUGACUACAAGAUUGUUCUCUUUUACGAAUUCUUGAAAACGAAGUCACAUUAAUUAAGAUUGAAAGUACUGUGAUCAGAACUUUUUUGUGCAAAGACCAAGUAAACUCAGACAUUUUUUGUUGCAAGAGUGAAUUUUGUUUAUUAUUCAUGACAACCUGAUGGAGUGAUGAGAUAAACAUGGAAAUCACCUUGACUUACGCCUCUAGAUACAAGUAUCAAAAUUAUAACUCUUUAUUAUUAAUAAAAACUAUGUUGUUUUUAUUUUCAACCAUCCUGUUAAGUUGUAAUUAUUGGUCUAGUUUAUUGUGUUUAGUUGCGUUUUAUCUUCUGAAGUGUACUCCUCACUUUAUCUUACAUCUGCGAAUUUGUUUUUGUAAGUAUUGACGUGGAUAGAAUUUUAAAAAACAUAUUCUGUGAUCAUAGUGAUCAGGUGUGAACAUUAUUAGUUUCUGUUGUGCAAGGGAAAAUAAAGUAUGUUUGAAAUUUGAUA